UCAUCGAUUUUGCCGCAUAGUCGAGUCUUUUAACUCAACACGACUGCUGGGUCGGGGCUCUGCCGAGCUGAGAGUAAUUGGGUCACCUUAGCAUCGUAUCCAAGCCUGUAUAUAUGGCUCCCUACGUCUCGCGCUACCAGGCAGUGAGCCAAUUCGGUCAGCUGAAAGCGAAGGUCUUGGGUACUCGAUUCUACUCAGCCCCGGUCGAUGGGAGCAUUCCUGCUGCCAAGAGGAAGUACAUUCCGACGAGCGGUACCUAUCCGCGAGGAUUCAAGGUCUCGGGGACGAUAGUGGGCGUAAAACCAAAGAACACCACGAAGCCGGAUCUUGCCUUCAUCACCUCGGAUACGCCGUGCGCUGCCGCUGCCGUUUUCACCAAGAAUAAGUUCCAGGCUGCCCCUGUGACUUUCAGCCGGGCUUUGCUCCAAGAGCGGAAUAACUCAGGCAUCCGGGGUGUCUUGAUCAACUCGGGAUGUGCCAAUGCGGUGACCGGAAGGGGUGGCCUCGAGGAUGCACAGGCAAUGGGUGCGGAGGCAGACCGGAUUCUCGCUGAUUCCAAGGCAACCAUCGUCAUGAGUACCGGUGUCAUCGGGCAAAGGCUGCCCAUCCAGAAGAUCCUGAGCAAUGUGUCCAAGGCGUAUGAGGGACUCGGUGAUACCCAUAAGCACUGGCUAACAUGUGCUACCGCGAUCUGCACGACGGAUACAUUCCCCAAGUUGAUCUCGCGGAAGUUUACAUUGCCAUCUUCGCCGUCGGUGGAGUAUUCUAUAGCCGGUACUACUAAGGGUGCUGGCAUGAUUCAUCCGAACAUGGCCACCCUCUUGGGCGUGAUCGCUACUGACGCACCCAUAUCGCCCGCGGUCAUACACCCUGCUCUGAAAUACGCAGCCGACCGAUCUUUCAAUAGCAUCACGAUAGAUGGAGAUACCUCCACGAACGACACCGUCGCAUUACUGGCGAAUGGGGCCGCAGGGGGGAAGACGGUUACCACAGAGGACUCGGCUGACUUUAACGCAUUCCGAGACGUAGUCACCGACUUCGCCAUUGACCUCGCCAAGCUCAUCGUCCGAGACGGCGAGGGUGCCACCAAAUUCGUCACGAUCCGGGUAACCGAGAGCUCUAGCGAGGAGGGCGCCCGCAAGAUCGCCAGCACGAUUGCGCGAUCGCCGCUCGUCAAGACCGCCCUGUAUGGUAAAGAUGCCAACUGGGGCCGGAUCCUCUGCGCCACGGGCUACUCAUUGAUCAGCGAGCCGGGUGAGCCCAUCAACGAAGUUGCCGAGAUAACUCCCGAAAAGACCAGCGUGUCGUUCAUCCCGACAGAUGGCAGCCGGGAACUGAAGCUGCUGGUCAACGGCGAGCCCGAAGCGGUGGACGAGGCCCGAGCCGCGGAGAUCCUCAAGCACGAGGACCUGGAGAUCCUGGUCAGGCUGGGGACGGGUACGAAGGCGGCGACGUACUGGACCUGCGAUUACAGCCACGAGUACAUCACGAUCAACGGGGAUUACCGGACCUAACCGACAUGAUUUUGGUUUGGGUAUGGGAGGCUCAUAGAAAAAUUCGGUGGAUAGAAUCACGGAUGUUGUUGGUAUUUUUGAGAACGCCACGGACAGUUCCCCGUAUUUGUGUACGCGCAUCGUGAUGUGCCUGGUAGAGGCGAAACGGACCAGGAGAACAGAGGCGAUGUACCUAAGAUGCGGAGAGGACGAAAAGGCAAAAAGAAUUCGGUCAUGGAAAGAAUCUACGCAACAUAGAACAAGGUACGAGCUCGCAUAUAGCCAAACUCGAGCAUGCGCUUGAGUCUCGUAAGGGACGGCAAGGUGUAGGAGCAAGCGAGAGCAAGGGACAGACAGAAGAGACGCUGGAGUGGGUUACAUAAGCCAACCGGCACCCUUGUAUCAUGCCAGGGUCCUGAAAGCUUGGACCAGGUUCCGAUUUCCACCCCACCAAUAUGUACCUAGGUACCUAAGCUCUGCAUAUGCUUAGACGCGUCUGGUUUUGCGGGCACGCGUAAAUUGGUGCAAUUUGU